CUUAAGUGUAGGUGAGAUGUUGCGUGUUUGUGUCUCUGUGUUCAUGCAAUAAAAUGGCAGAAACCAAAUUUUCUCAGGAUGAGUUUAGCUGUCCAGUGUGUCUGGAUCUCAUGAAGGAUCCAGUGGCCAUUCCAUGUGGACACAGUUACUGUAAGAGCUGUAUUACAGGCUGCUGGGAUCAGGAGGAUCAGAUGAGAGUCUACAGCUGCCCUCAGUGCAGACAGACCUUCAGUUCAAGACCUGCUUUAGCUAAAAUCACACUGCUGGAUGAACUGGUGGAGAAACUGAAGAAGACCAAACUUCCUGCUGACUGUUACGCUGGAGCUGGAGAUGUGCAGUGUGACGUCUGUACUGGAACAAAAUACAAAGCCGUCAAGUCCUGUCUGAUGUGUCUGAACUCUUACUGUCAGAAUCAUCUUGAACAACAUGAGAGUUUCUUUAAAGGAACGAGACACAAUUUGACUGAUGCCACUGGACGACUGCAGAAGAUGAUCUGCCAGAAACAUGAGAAGCUCCUUGAGGUUUUCUGUCGCACUGACCAGAAAUGUAUAUGUGUGCUGUGUAUGGAUAAACAUAAAAACCAUGAUAUUGUAUCAGCUGCAGCACAGAGGACAGAGACUCAGAAGCAGCUGAAGGAGACGCAGAAGACGUUCCAGCAGAGAAUCCAGCAGAGAGAGAAAGAUCUUCAGCAGCUGAGAGAGGCUGUGGAGUCUCAUAAGCGCUCUGCACAGACAGCAGUGGAGGACAGUGAGAGGAUCUUUACUGAGCUCAUCCGCUCCAUUGAGAGAAGCCGCUCUGAGCUGAUACGGCUGAUCAGAGAUCAGGAAAAGCGAGCGGUGAGUGGAGCUGAAGGACGACUGGAGCGACUGGAGCAGGAGAUCAAUGAUCUGAGGAGGAGAGACGCUGAGCUGGAGCAGCUUUCACACACACAGGAUCACAUCCAGUUCCUGCAGAGUUUCCAGUCUCUCUCAGCACCUCCUGAAUCUACAGAUGUAAAUGAUGAUCUCUUCGGUUCUUUUUUCUCUUUUGAUGGUCUGAGAGAAUCUGUCCAUCAGCUGAGAGACAAACUGGAGGAUCUGUGCAAAGAAGAGCUCAAGAAGAUCUCAGACAGAGUUGCUACUACAGGUCCCUCUGUGUUCUACAACCGAUCUUCAGCAGAUUAUUCACAUCCUCUACACAUCGCGGCAAAUGUUACACUAACAAAGGGCCCUGUAUAUGGGAUGAAUCGUCUUCCUCCACAGCAGCAUACGUAUGCCUACCAACAGUCAUCACACACACCACCUCUCCAGCCACAUUGUGCAAAUAAACCAGCAGUCCCAUUUGGCACUGGAUUUGGUGCUCAGUUUGCCAAGAAAGAGGUUUCCUCUCCGUCAGCGCAGAAGAGCACUCAGAACGUGUGUGAUGAUAAUGAUGAUGAUGUUGAAAUCGUAUUUGAGCUCAAGCCAUUGAGAGAGCAAACAGAGCUGGCCGCCAAACUGAUGCUUCCUCCUACGUUCUUUUGUUACAAAAACCGCCCAGGAUACGUUAGCGACGAUGACAAUGAUGAUGAGGAUUUUGAAAGCGCAGUGAGGAGUUUGAGGGGAAAGCUGUAUGCAGAUGGAGCUGAUGGAGCAUCUGAUCAUGCAGGUCUGUCUUUUGGAUUUGUAUCCGUGGGUGAGUUUUCAUUUGCAGAUUUGGCAAAGAGAUCAAGUGAAUUUACAUUUGUUAAAAAAGAUGAUAAUUUCACGUGGUCAGGCGCAGGAGCCACAGUCUUUAGAAGUGCAGGGACACAAAAUAAAGGAGAGAAAACACACAGUGAUGCAGAAGAGGAGGGCAGUGAUGAUGAAACGCCCCAUAAUGAAAAGAUCCGCUUUGAGCCAAUCGUCUCUCUGCCUAAGUUGAAGGUGAGGUCUGGUGAGGAAGACGAGGAGAUCCAGUUUAAAGAAAGAGCCAAACUGUACCACUGGGACCGCGAGCUCAACCAGUGGAAGGAGCGCGGUGUGGGACACAUCAAAAUCCUCUUCCACCCUGUAAAGAAGAACUACCGCGUGCUGAUGAGACGCGAGCAGGUGCUAAAAGUCUGCGCCAACCACACCAUCAGCCAGAGCAUCGAGCUCAAGUCCAUGAAUACCUCGGCUAAUGCGCUGGUGUGGACCGCCACAGACUACUCAGAGGGAGAUGGGAAAGUCGAGCAGCUGGCAGCCAAGUUCAAGACUCCAGAGCUGGCCAAGUAUUUCACACAAGUGUUCACCGACUGCCAGAGCCGCAUGUCACAGGCUAAUGCAGUUCAUUUGUCUGUCCCCGAGACACUUUCACAAGAGUCCAACCCUGUGGUGUUCUUCGAUAUCACUGUAGAUGAUGAGGAUGUUGGGAGAGUCGUCAUGGAGCUCUUCGCUCACAUCGUGCCCAAAACGGCAGAGAACUUCCGAGCUCUGUGUACAGGAGAGAUGGGCUUUGGUUACCGCCAAUCCAUCUUCCACAGGAUCAUCCCAGACUUCAUGUGUCAGGGUGGUGAUAUCACCAACCAGAAUGGGACGGGAGGAAAAUCCAUCUACGGAGCAAAGUUUGAGGAUGAGAGCUUUGAGGUGAGGCACACAGGGCCAGGGCUGCUGUCCAUGGCCAACCGCGGCAGAGACACCAACAGCUCGCAGUUCUUCAUCACCCUCAAGAAAGCAGAGCACUUGGACUUCAAGCAUGUGGCCUUUGGAUUUGUCAAAGAAGGCAUGGAUGUGGUGAGGAAAAUCGGAGAGCUCGGCACUGAAGAGGGGAAACCCACGAAAACCAUCACCAUCUCAGAGUGUGGGCAGAUUUUGUGAGCUAUUCUACAUAAACUACUGUUCAUCCUGUUUGAGAUUGUGUUCCACAAGCUCUUGUUAAAUUGUUGUCUUGUUUGUGUUAAAGUGGACAGCACUAGUUGACAAUAAAAUUCAUGUUUUGCAAAAAAAAGGAAAAAAACUUUAUUUUCAGGUAAUGCAUGAACAUGACUAAACAAUAUAUAGGCUAUGUUAAUGCAAUGCAAGUUGCUUUGGACAAAAGUAUAUGUAAACGUAAGAGCCCCUGAGCAGGAAUCUUCUCCUCAUGAGUCUACAGGCAGAGCAUAAAUUGCUCUCCGUUCAAUUUAAAAGCACUAAGUAUAUUUAUACCAAAUUAAGCUAAAUAAAUAAAUUAAUAUUAUUCAAAGAACAUGACUUACAUUAUACAUAGGCAUAUGCAAAUAGAUUAUAUUUGCAAUCUUCAUAUUGACUGAGCAGAAUGCGCUCCCCCUCCCCUUAUAAAAAAUAAUUAUGGUUUUACAACAAAUAGAUGUUUAUUGUUGCUUAAGAGAAUCAAAUCAAAAAUUUAAUAAUCAAUCAAAGAGAAAUGUAUUACAUCUGCUGACUUAAUGAACAUAAAUGUAAAUGCUGUGAAUUGUCUAGAAAGUAUGACCUGUAAAGUUACGAUUUCGAAUGUGUUAUACUUGCCUGUUGUUUGCAAGAAGAAAAAAAAUUAAG